GAGGUCGCCGUUGCAGUCCUGUGGAGGGUAUUAUAUUGAUUGGAGAAAGACUUUGUAGUAGACGUUAGCGCUUCCAGUUCCGUUGUCCCAAAUACAGUACAGAACCGCGUCUGUAUAGCUCGUACGGCAUAUUGGUACAGUGCAUCUUCUUCCUGCACUGUCCGCUACCAGCUUCACCAAGCAAAUCAAAAUGGCAGAGCCCCUCCACGAGCACCCCGCUUUGGACAAAAGGCGGCGAGACUCGCAGAACCAGCGAGGCUUCUCGUUGCUGCGGCCCGUCACAGUAACCCUGCCCCCACCAAUUUCUCUCGUCCCGAUCCUCUUCUUCCUCUUCUACUUCUUCUCUUCUUCUUUCUCUUCCCAACCCAAUCCUUGCAUACCUUCAGUAUCCCAAUCACCGGAUACCGAAUCAGCUUCAUCCGUACCUUUUGUCCGUACAGAUACUUUUAAACCAUCCAAAAUGUCUUCCACCGAGCAGACCUUCAUCGCUAUCAAGCCUGACGGCGUCCAGCGUGGCCUCAUUGGCCCCAUCGUUUCUCGCUUCGAGAACCGUGGCUUCAAGCUCACUGCUAUCAAGCUCGUCACUCCCUCCAAGGAGCACCUCGAGACUCACUACGCUGACCUCAAGGGCAAGCCUUUCUUCCCUGGAUUGAUCGAGUACAUGGGUUCCGGCCCCAUCUGCGCCAUGGUCUGGGAGGGCCGUGAUGCCGUCAAGACUGGCCGCACCAUCCUCGGUGCCACCAACCCCCUUGCCUCUGCCCCUGGCACCAUCCGUGGUGACUUCGCCAUCGAUGUCGGCCGAAACGUCUGCCACGGUUCCGACUCCGUCGAGAACGCCCAGAAGGAGAUUGCUCUCUGGUUCAAGGAGGGCGAGCUCGUCAGCUACAAGGCUUCCCAGUUCGACUGGAUCUACGAGAAGGCCUAAGUUUGUCAUGAAUAGAGAUUGACGUUCUAAAUAGGUGUAGCUCCAAGCUAGGGUUGUUUAGGAUAUCUAUUCUACAAAUUAUACAAAAGCUUUUUU